CAGUCGAUCACAGUUAGUAAUCUAUUAGAUAUCAAUUCUAAUUAAUUAAAAAAUGUCUUCCUUUAAGAUUGUAGCAGUGCUAUUAUUGGUUGGCGUAGCUACCAUUGAAUGCAGCUUAGUGGCCCCAGCCCUUGCUCCAGCACCAGUCCUAGCCCCAGCAGUGAGAUACGCACAAAUCGCUCCGCAAAACAUCGCACCAUUCGCCGCUCAAGUCAACACAUUUACCAAAGGACUUAACAUUUACGCCGCUCCAUAUGCUGCCGGCGUACUUUCUGGCCCAGCAAUCGCUCCAGCGUUGGCCCCAGGCUUAGCUCCCGUUCCAGCAAUUGCUCCAGCUCCCGCACCAUUUCUGCCAGCACCUGCGCCAUUGUUGCCCGCAGCUUCCCCGUACUAUCCAGCACCAGCUUUUGCUCCAGCUGUAGCACCGGCGUACGCCCCCGCCUUUGCCUCUGCUGUAGCUCCCGCCCCAUUGUUGCCAGCCCCUUUCGCUAGGUCAGUGCACGCAGUUGCACCAGGUGUUGCUCCAGCCUUAGCACCAGCUCCAUUGUUAGGUUGAACAUUUUUUGUUUAGUUUGUUUUGUUGUUAAAGAUUGUUAUUUUUUUACUUGUGAUUAAUUACAAAUAAAUAAACAAAAUUUAA